AUGACUAUCGAGAGCCAUCUCCCAUCCCGCUACGAGAUCCGUACUCUUGGCCCGGAGCAUGCAGAAUGGGCCAAAGCAAUUGUCUCUCACAGUAACCUGUUCGCGUCCCCGGUAUGGUCUCAGAUCUAUCGUCAGGACGCGACCCAGCGCUGCUACGACUUGUUCCGGACUGCCGACUACCUGGUCGAUCACCAGAUUGACUCCGGCCUGUCUCUCGGGAUUUUUGACAAGGAAUACAAGUUCAAACAGCCGGCUUCGGCGGCGACUGGAGGGAAGUUGUACUGGAAGCUUGAUGACGCGUCAGCCGGGGGCAAAGAGCUCCUGGAGCAGAUGGACUUCCCACUCGUCUCAGUCGCCUUGGCCUACGAUAGCAUCAACGCGCUAGACUUGGAGAAGCUGACGCCUAUGAUUGCUGCGCUGCCCCCACUCCUCAUCGCGUUCAAACUCCUCGAGGAACGCGAUGAACGGGAGCCGAGCAGCUGGAAGGCGACGGGCCCGGCGCAGGUAUUGUUUCGCAAUGCAACGGCCACCAAAGUAGGGGAGGAAGGGCACGGGUUCAUGAAGCUUCUCGCGCGCUACAUGAUGCGAAAGUCGGCUGCAGAGGGGUGGAAGGGCAUCCAGAUUGAGUGCGCCCACGAUGCGGUGACGCACGUCUGGAGCAAACCCCCAUCGCCGUUCAAGGGAGAGGCGGUGUCGAGGUUCAACUGUGAUACAUAUGAGCACAAAGAUGAGGAAGGCAGAACAACAUUCCCGUUCCAACCGGCCACCCAGGAGCUUGUGAAGGUGUAUGUACACUUGACGCCAUCGUAA